ACUCCUUACCUCAGGUGAUCCACCCACCUUGCCCUCAUUUGUUUUUUUUAAAUGCCUACUUUUAGACAGAAAAGAUAGGGAAAUUAAACUGAUAGAGGAUAUUUGUGCCUGUUGGGACAUGCACAUUCUAAAGCACUUUAUGUUUUAUUUAGUGACAAACAAUAAAACCCAUAUUUUCUCCAGAUUUUUAUGCUAAAUGUUUAAGUUCAUAUCUCAAAGGCUGACUUGGAAGUCCAUUCAGUUGUAGUACUGUUUAUAAUUAAUUCUUGAGUAAUAUAAGGCAUUAUCUCCACCACUUCCAAGAAGAGUUACUGAAAUGCUAGGUUGGAAACAGCUUUUUGAAGCUACCUAUAACAUAAGAAACCAGCUUGGUAUUAGGGAUUUUUUAAAUGUGGCUAAGUGCUUUGGAUAAAGGGAUGGUCAACAGUAAACCCGAAACUUUUUAAGGAACCCACAAUGACCCUUACGUGACAGUUUUAGAAAGAGCGUUUUCGCUAUAUAAAGCACAUUCGAUAAAGGAUAUGGAGAAUACCUUGCAGUUGGUGAGAAAUAUUAUACCUCCUCUGUCUUCCACAAAGCACAAAGGGCAAGAUGGAAGAAUAGGCAUAGUUGGAGGCUGUCAGGAGUACACUGGAGCCCCAUAUUUUGCAGCAAUCUCAGCUCUCAAAGUGGGCGCGGAUUUGUCGCAUGUGUUCUGCGCCAGCACAGCUGCGCCUGUGAUUAAGGCGUACAGCCCGGAGCUGAUCGUCCACCCCGUUCUCGACAGCCCGGGUGCUGUUCAUGAGGUGGAGAAGUGGCUUCCCCGGCUGCAUGCCCUUGUCGUGGGACCUGGCUUAGGUAGAGAUGAUGCGCUUCUCAAAAAUGUCAAGGGCAUUUUGGAAGCAUCAAAGGCCAGGGACAUCCCUGUGGUCAUCGACGCGGAUGGCCUGUGGCUGGUCGCUCAGCAGCCAGCCCUCAUCCAGGGCUACCGGAAGGCCGUGCUCACUCCCAACCACAUGGAGUUCAGCAGACUGUACGACGCUGUGUUGAGAGGCCCCGUGGACAGUGAUGACCGCCAUGGAUCUCUGCUGAGACUCAGCCAAGCCCUGGGCAACGUGACGGUGGUCCAGAAAGGAGAGCGCGACAUCCUCUCUGAUGGCCAGCAGGUGCUUGUGUGCAGCCAGGAAGGCAGCAGCCGCAGGUGUGGAGGGCAAGGAGACCUCCUGUCCGGCUCCCUGGGCGUCCUGGUGCACUGGGCGCUCCUUGCUGGACCUGAGAAAACAAAUGGGUCCAGCCCUCUCCUGGUGGCUGCAUUCGGCGCCUGCUCCCUCACCAGGCAGUGUAACCACCAAGCCUUCCAGAAGCACGGUCGCUCCACCACCACCUCUGACAUGAUCGCCGAGGUGGGGACCGCCUUCAGCAAGCUCUUUGAAACCUGAGCCCACGCAGACCAGAAGGAAACAGGCACCUUGGAUGGGGGAGAGCGUGUGUGACAAAAUCAGACUCGUGUGUGCUGAAGGCGCAUGGCGCGUGCCAGGUUUUCACCAGCAUAAACUGGUGGUUGUUGAGAAUUUAAGAAUUUGGAAUAUUGCAGUUUUUGGCUAAACUGGAUGCAUGGUCGGAGAUGUUAUGGUGACACUAACCAAAGCAUUCCUGAACUUUCCUUAGCUCCUUGGUAGUAACUGAGAAGACAGAAAUGAAGAAAGUCACGUGAGAAUGAAGCUCUUUUAGCAGCGCAACUGAAUUUCUCGGCCUCCUCCAAAAUCGGCAGUUUCUACAUGUUGUUCUCUCUGCCCAUGCACUUCACUUUUCCCCGCUGCCCUUUCCUAGCGUUUCCUCCAGCAGGGAGCAGGCACUGGUCCCCACGAGUCUCCCUGAGGGCCAACUACACUGAUGUGUUUCCUCUGACUGGGUCCAUCGGGGACUGCUUCGUUGUCCAGCUCAUCUUGUUUUGAAGUGGUGACUAGCUUGGUGCUAUCGGGCUGCUGGUAUUGCUUGGCUUAUUGACACACUCCAGGGUAAUCAGUGAUCACUUUGUUUGGAAAUCCUCUUGGAGGCACCAUGGGAACAAGGAAACAUGAGUGAUGGUGACCCUUGAGUAGGUGGGCGGGGAGCUCUGGGAUGCCUCCUGUCCCACGCUCUCUGGGGUCCCUGUCCUCAGAAGUCCCAUGUUGCCCAACCAGCCCCAGCAGGGCAGACCUGACCAGGGGUGGGCGCAGUGGAGGGCUGCAGUCUGGAGUCUGCCGUGGCCUCCAGUGCUGUCUCAGGAAAAGGUUCUGAGGACUUGGGGCCUGCUGGGCGUGGUGCAGCGAUGACAUUAAGGAGGCCCAGGGAAGAGUGUCCUGAUGGUGUGUGCUUAGGACUCAGCGCAGCUGCGUCCUCAGGGAUGUUCACAUCCGGCAAAGAUGCUGGUAACCGCAGCUUCAGCAAACGCUUCCUGUUGACCUUGGGUGAAAUUCUGCUGUCUGUGUGGUUUUCCUGGAGUGGCCUGACGUUUACUUAUUCUCUAGUUCCAUGUCUCAGUGGGGCUUGGUACAGUUUCGUGUCUGACGUGAAUUCUUUAUAUAUAUAUAUAGAGAGAAUUCUUUAUACUUUCAUUAACACCGUUCCACAGCAAGGGCCAAACCUCCUGGUUCCCUUCAGUCUUUUCAGCCUGAUGCCUCUUGGGUGAUGCCCUGUGGUGCAGACACGCCCCAGAUGGUUCUAUUCUACUUUCUU